AUGCCGGGUUUCGAUUUCUCCAACCACAGCCGCAAUGCAGCUCUGCAUGCGAGAGGUGUCCCUCUUCCCAAAGCCACAUCCACAGGUACCACCAUCGUAGGAUGUAGGUUUGCGUCAGAGAAGGAUGGCGAGGGUGUAGUUAUUGCAGCCGACACGCGAGCAACCAGCGGUCCCAUCGUAGCAGACAAGAACUGCGAGAAGCUACACUACAUCUCCCCCCAGAUCUGGUGCGCUGGAGCUGGUACCGCCGCCGACACCGAGUUCACAACCGCCAUCAUCUCAUCCAACCUCGAGUUGCACUCCCUAUCUACUGGUCGCAAGCCCCGCGUCGUAACAUGCAUGACCAUGCUCAAGCAACAUCUCUUCAAAUACCAGGGUCACGUUGGUGCUUACCUCGUAGUUGCUGGCGUUGACCCGACCGGCGCCCAUCUCUUCACAGUCCAUGCCCACGGCAGCACCGACAAGCUCCCUUACGUCACCAUGGGUUCAGGUUCCCUCGCCGCCAUGUCGGUCUUCGAAACACAGUGGAAGGCCGAGCUCAACAAGGAGGAGGCCAUGGAACUGUGCUCCCAGGCUAUUCAGGCCGGUAUCUUCAAUGACCUGGGUUCCGGUUCCAACGUCGAUGUGGCUGUUAUCACCAAGGACAAGACGACACUCCACCGUGGCUUCCUCAAGCCCAACGAGAGAAGCCAGAAGUUGAAGAACUACAAGUUCAAACGGGGCACCACGGCCGUGCUGAACGAGAAGAUCAUCAAGAAGGACGAAAUCGGCAAGUACGUCAGUGUUCAGGAGGUGCCGGCGGACUCGGAGAAGAUGGACGUGGAUUCAUAG